AUGACUUCCGGCUCGGCGAAGAGGGCCAGGAUGGAGGAGACGAGCUUGGCCGCACCCGUCCAGGCGACCCCGACGAUCGACAUUCCUUCGGAUGCCGAGCCAGCGGCCCCCCGGGCUCUCCCAGGGAGCCCACCGACUGGGGUCCCUAUUCCGGAGGUCCGCCCCGUGGAGGCGCCCGCCGCGGGGAGGAGGAGAAAAUCGGUGGCCCGUAGGCCGAGCAGCCACCGAGCCACUGCAGACGAGUCCAUCUACUCCGAGGGGGGAUCGGAGAACCCCUUCAACGACAAGGCUCUAAUCCGUCGGCUGCUCGAUGGUUGCAUCCUGUCCGAUGUCGUGGAGAGGAUCGACCGUGCCGAUCCCGAGCAGCGGGCCUGGGACACCUUGGGGUCCUUUCUUGAGAUCGGGCACCAGCUCUUCGCCUAUGUCGAGGCGUCGGGCCGCAUGAGAAGGGAUCUCCUCCGGGCGGAGGAGCGCUGCCAAGACGAGGUUGCUCGUCUUCAAGCGAAGACGGCCGAGGUGGCCGCCCUCCGGGAGGCCCUGGAGAGAGAGAGACAAGACCGGGAAGAGGAAAGGCGAGCCCAGGAGGAGGAGAGGCGAAGCUUGGAGGAGUCGGCAAGGAAGGCGGAAGCCGAGGUCGCCCAUCUGACCGAGCAAACUCCGGUUCUGGUCUCGGAGGCCAGGACCCUUGCAGAUAUGCUGCAAAAGAAGGAGGAACUAGAGAAAAUGGUGGAGACCCUGAGGCAGUCCUGGUCGGGGGAUGGAGGUGAUCACCCUAUGUUAGAGGGAGCAGGACCUCCUUAG